AUGGAUGAGGUACCUGUGUACCGUUCAGAGUCGGAGGAGGAAGAAGAGGGAGCUGGUCCAUCGGUACCGGCGAAGAAGAAUCGUCGUAACAAAAGUUGGGUGUUGAUCAAACGGUGCUAUAAUGUACAAGAAGCAGAGAAAUUUGUGAGUAAUGAAAAGACUUGGUCAAGAAAUUAUACUCGGGACAGUGAUGAAGGACAAAAACGUUUCUAUCGUUGUAACAAGACCACUUCAGAGCACAACCAUGACCAGAUUGGUACGCGAAGUGAGUACGGAAUUCCGGAAAACGUUAAAAGAGCAAUAAAUAAGCUGUUUGAUUUACACCUAAAGCCAAAAGCUAUAUUAGAGGCUCUAAACAACAUGACAGGGAUAAAGGCGCCUUCGAAACGGCAACUUAACAACUACUUAUAUGACAGAAGGCGCGAGAAGUUCAGAAGAGCUGCAAUUUACUUAGGUGAACUUGAAAAAUGGAUUUUCGAUCGAAUAACUAUUCCCGGUGAUGAAAAUGAAGUUUUCGUGUUCAGCUAUCACGUGAUAGAAGCGGAAGAACCAAGUUUUCGUCUGGCAUUGUCAACUAAAAAAUUACUCAACAUAGCUUGUUCCACGGACAUACUGCACAUAGACGCCACAUACAAACUCAUAUGGCAAGGGUUCCCCGUUUUAGUUCUUGGUACCACUGAUAAGAACCGCAAGUUCCAUCCGCUUUGUCUUGGUGUGUCCACGAAUGAACGUCAAGAAGAUUUACCUUAA